AUGAGCCUUCAAUCUGCUUUUUAUUCGAGUCAAUCAGAUGACGAGGAGUUGCUCCUGCUACUAGGAGGAAUCUAUGAGGCUUCGUUGUUUGUACCUUUAAUAAGGGAACCGUUCAAUAUAUCCACACUUACGGGUGAGGAAUGGACACGGGAAAUACUGUCAUGUGAUAAUCCCAGAGUAUUUCGGGAAGAGAUGAGGAUGGAAAGAGAGGUAUUCGAUGCACUUUGUUGUAGCUUGAGGGUUAAGAAUCUUUUGAGGGAUUCUCGAUAUAUCACCGUUGAACAUCAGUUGCAUAUGUUUCUGUCUAUUGUCACAAAUUCUGCUAGUACCCGUACUACUGCAAGCCGCUUUCAACACUCCAGCGAAACGGUCAAUAGCGGCGACACUGGCAGUUCCUGCUGA